AUGUCAUUUGGGUUUUCAGUCGGUGAUAUAAUUUCGGUAGGGCAGCUCGCGGCGCAACUUUACAACUGUCUCGCCGGAGACGUUGACGAAGAGUGCAAAAAACUUAGCAACUCACUCAUGUCCCUUCAACGAUCAAUCAGGAUAGCGUCGGAAGUUUUCUCGCAACAAUCGGAUGGAGAUGGUACUUUACUUAGCACUACCAUAAAGGAUGUUCUCUAUGAGAUCCACAUCCUUGAUGGAAUACUGAAUACCUACCUAUCGGCUUACAACAAAUACUUUGAUAGCGCUGGAGUCGACAAAAAUGAUCGCAAAAUCAAGGAUAAGUGGAGGAUCAUCAAGUGGGGCUUGAGUAAUGAGGGUUCUGCGAGAGAACUUGGGUCAAAUCUGCUUUUCCACAUCAACGCCUUCCAGUCAUACAUGAUGGAAGUGAUAUUCCAGGUUGUCUUUCAAACGGACAAGCACGUACAGGAAGGUGUUGCGAAAGUUAAAGAUGUUAAAGAUUCAGUCAUGAAAGGUUUCAAAGGGGUUGACUCCGAGUUUAAGGCGAUGAAGAAGAGAUUGGACGAGGCGGAUAGUCGCUUUUCACAACUUAUGAGCUUGAUUUCCUGUAGUUCCUGGGCGAACACCAAACAUCUGGGAGAAUUGCAGUAUGGAUCUUGUUAUGGUUAG